AUGGAUCAUAAUCAGAUAUACGGAGUAAACGGACCCAACUUAAAUCAUUUCCAGUCCGCAUUCCACGGCGGCGGCUAUAGAAUACCGAGCAGUCUGUCGAGACCAGGCGUGUUCGAUGCCCACUCGUACGACCCGCAUGGAUAUUUCCAGGAAAACGAGACCGGGCAGAGUUUGCACAGUCCGACGUUUGAAAACGACAUUGAAACAGAUACGAAAUAUGGACUAUCAGACGACGGCGAUAACACUUUGGACGAUUCCGGCGACCAAUGCAAGCUCGAUCUCUCCAUCAAACCCCGGAAAGAGCGGACGGCUUUCACGAAACAUCAGAUCCGGGAGCUUGAACGCGAGUUCACGUCUCGCAACUAUCUCACGAGACUUCGACGGUACGAGAUUGCGGUUGCCCUGGAUCUUACGGAACGGCAGGUCAAGGUGUGGUUUCAAAACCGGCGCAUGAAGUGGAAACGAGUCAAGGGCACGCACGUGGUGAAGGACAAGGUGUCCGGUCAGGUCAAACCAGUGACGUCAAUGACGCCGGCAGUGACGUAUGACGUCGAACGGGAUUGUUCGGACAUGCGUUCUGUGGAAGGAAGUGAUGACCAUUGUGAAGAAUACUCGUCAGGCUUAUGAUAGAAAUCGUCCAGAAGGCAGAAGGAAACUUAAAAUAUAAAUACAAAACGUAAUUUAUUUCGACGUUCUUGGAUGAUUUCGACGUGCUUUGAUGUCAUUACUGCUUCGAAAAGGAGUGCUGAACAUUAUUAUGACUGUUCGUUCGGUGACGUCAAUGACGCCGGUAGUGACGUCAGACGUCGAAAAGGUUUGCACGGACAUGCGCACUCUGGACGGAAGUGCUGAACAUUAUGAUGACUGUUCGCUAGGUUUAUGACGUAAAUCUAGCAGCGGAUACUUGACACCAAUCUAUAAAUAUAAGUAGAAAUGAAUUAUACGUUAUUGGUUUCGAAAUGCCUGGAUGAUUUCGACGCGUUUUGUGUCAACAACGAAUGUUGCAUAUCGAAGGAUGGCAGUCAAACGAAUGCAUCUGCCACAGAAGUGUUCAGAAAAUACAACAGUUUCAUGACUUUCAUGACUUUCAUGUUCAAAAUGACGCAAUCGUCCAACGCGACUCUCUAAGGUUUGAAGGUUUUGACGAUGACGUCAUGUGGAUUGUGACGGCAGAUGUACGACUUUGUUACUGUACACUAAUUAAGUUAAUGCUAGCCGAGCCCGAGAUACAUAGUUGAACGAAAAAUAUACUAAAACGUACCCCGGUAUUCUAACGCUAUAUUGGUCGUUGUAGGCUUUUUCAAAUAAACUAUGUUUAUAUGUAUGUCAUAUGUCAAUAUGUAUGUCAAUAUUCUGUAAUAUGGCCUCUAUAUUUCUAUAUUAUCGAAACUCAUACUCAAAAAGCAUGUUUGGGCAGGUUUUGUUAAAACAAUCUUUCGUAUUCCGUAGCGCGUUUUACGACAUCGGAUUUUGGGCGGGAAUAAAAAACUCGGGUACAGUCUUAAUUGACCAGGUACGUUUAAGUAUAUUAUCCGUACCCGAGGUAAGUUUAAGCAUACUUAAGAGUACCCGGGGUACAUUUAGUAGUACCCGAACCAAUGACCAAUCAUGCAUUACUGAACUCUGCCCUACUUGAAUCAGAGCUCCACUGACCAGAUCGAUAGCUUUUUUGUGCAAACCCUACACUUUUUGUUUGGUAUUCUACAUAUACUCAUAUAGUCUUCCAUCAUAUUUUUUUCUACAGUCGACCAUAUUCUCUUAAUUAGAUGCCUGUAUACAUUUUGCGGUAAUUUUCC